CAAAAUCACAAGAACAAGAAGACAAACUUCUUGUUACUGUCCUAACCAAAAUGGCUCGCCAUUGCAAUGAAGAAGGUUCUAUUGGAACCUCCUUGCAUGGAGUUACAGGCAGAGAACAAGUCUUCUCUUUCUCUGUCGACAUCGACCCUUCUUCCCAAACUGUCGGAUCAGAAGAUCCAACCUGUAAAUUCACAUUACCAGUGGAUUCAGAACACAGGGCCAAAGUGUUCAAGCCUCUGUCCUUUGCCAAACCACACAUGCGAGCUUUCCAUUUGGGAUGGAUCUCUUUCUUCACUUGUUUCAUCUCCACUUUUGCAGCAGCUCCUCUCGUUCCCAUCAUUCGGGACAACCUCGACUUGUCCAAAACCGACAUUGGAAACGCCGGUGUUGCCUCUGUCUCCGGCGCCAUUUUCUCUCGACUCGCCAUGGGAGCUGUCUGUGACUUACUCGGUGCCCGGUACGGUACGGCGUUUCUGCUGAUGCUGACGGCUCCGACCGUGUUCUCCAUGUCGUUCGUGGCUGACGCGGGUGGAUACUUGGCGGUGAGGUUCAUGAUCGGAUUCUGCCUCGCGACCUUCGUGUCGUGUCAGUACUGGACGAGCGUUAUGUUCAACGGGAAGAUCAUUGGACUCGUCAAUGGCUGCUCAGGUGGAUGGGGAGACAUGGGAGGAGGAGUGACUCAGCUCCUCAUGCCGAUGGUAUUUCAUGUCAUUAGACUCGCCGGAGCAACUCCCUUCACGGCGUGGAGGAUCUCCUUCUUCGUCCCUGGGUUUCUUCAGGUCGUCAUAGGCAUUCUUGUCCUCACUCUCGGACAAGAUCUCCCUGAUGGCAACCUCAGUGUCUUGCAAAGGAAGGGUGAUGUUGCAAAAGACAAGUUCUCCAAGGUUUUCUGGUUUGCUGUGAAGAACUAUAGAACAUGGAUCUUGUUCCUUCUUUACGGAUUCUCCAUGGGAGUCGAAUUGACCAUCAACAACGUCAUCUCUGGAUACUUCUUCGACAGGUUUCAUCUCAAGCUUCACACUGCGGGUAUAGUAGCAGCCAGUUUCGGUAUGGCGAAUUUCUUCGCCCGUCCCUUAGGCGGGUGGGCUUCCGACAAGGCUGCUCGAUUCUUCGGCAUGAGAGGUCGGCUGUGGACCCUUUGGAUCCUUCAGACAAUCGGCGGUCUGUUCUGCAUCUGGCUCGGUCAGGCUAACUCCCUUCCUAUAGCUAUCACAGCAAUGAUGCUCUUCUCCGUCGGUACACAAGCUGCUUGCGGAGCCAUCUUCGGGAUCGUCCCCUUCGUCUCUCGACGCUCUCUCGGGAUCAUAUCGGGAUUGACGGGAGCGGGAGGGAAUUUCGGGUCGGGACUGACACAACUAUUGUUCUUCUCUUCGUCUAGAUUCCACACGGCGGAAGGGUUGUCGCUGAUGGGGGUCAUGGCCGUGGUUUUUACGAUUCCCGUCGCGUUUAUACAUUUCCCGCAGUGGGGAAGCAUGUUCUUGGGGGCGACAACAGACGAGGAGAGAUCAAAGGAGGAGUAUUAUUACUCGGCGGAGUGGACGGAGGAGGAGAAGCAGCUAGGGCUACAUGAGGGAAGCAUCAAAUUCGCAGAGAAUAGUCGGUCCGAGAGGGGCCGAAACGCGGCCUUAGCCGACAUUCCAACACCGGAGAUUGGGACUCCGUCACAUGUUUAGUGGAAUAUAUACACACAGCUAUAUAUAUAUAAGUGGGUAUGUGUAACGAGCAAGAUCCUGACUAUAUAUGUGAGGUUCAAUGAGCUCGGUACCAACGUUGUACAUGUCUUCCUUUAUGAAAGACUUGCAAUAAAAUGGAAUUGUUGAGUGA